CUCGCCGGGUGGAGUCGCGGCCAGGCGGUCGGGAGCAGGGCCGGGCCCGGGCACUCCUCUUCCCCUCCGCGGGCAGGCGCGGCCGCAGCAGCAGCAGCAGCAGCAGCAAGCGGCGCUCCCUUCGCCCCGCGCGCCUUUCGUCGCCGGCCGCGCCGCUUUGGCGAGGUGCUCGUCGCUGCGCCGGGGCGCGCAAGCCAGCCAGACCCGGCGGGUCCCUUCCCUUCGCCGGCCCGGAGACUUCGUCCCCAAGUGGGGGAAAGGAGGGGGUGGAAAAAAGGACCGGGACGCCGCUCCGGAUUGGGGGACCCGCGCCCGGCCAGGCCAGAUGGCGCACUCCAACGCCCUCUCCAACGGGCACCUGGGCGGCCGGCAGAAGCGCCACCACUCCGGCAAGCGCGACGGGCACAAGAAGAACGGGAUCUGCAGGGAAGUCAAGGAGAACGGUGUAGCAAAUGGCAGCUCCUACAAACGACCAUUGAAUGAAUCCUUUGAACAAGCACCGAUGUACGUUAACAUCCUGACCUUCAUCGGCUUCACAGUAGGAACGUUUUUCGGCUACCUGCGUGACUUCCUGAGAGGCUGCGGACUGCAAAAAUGUGUCUACGCAACAGAACGAGAAGAACAGAAAGACUUUGUCCCACUUUAUCAAGAUUUUGAGAACUUUUAUAAGCGAAACCUCUAUGUGAGAAUAAGAGACAACUGGGACCGCCCUAUCUGCAGCGUUCCUGGACCACAGUUUGAAAUGAUGGAACGUGUUUCCGACGAUUACAACUGGUCAUUUAGAUUCACCGGAAGGACCAUCAAGAAUGUGAUCAACAUGGGUUCCUAUAACUACCUCGGAUUUGCAGAAACCGACUGUAACGCUAUAAAAACCGUGUGCAGCGUGUUAAGUCAAUAUGGGGCCGGAGUGUGCAGCGCGAGGCAGGAAAUGGGCAACCUGGAUAAGCACGUGGAGCUUGAAAACCUGGUGGCCCGGUUCCUGGGCGUUGAAGCAGCGAUGGCGUUUGGCAUGGGCUUCGCGACAAAUUCUAUGAACAUUCCGGCACUGGUUGGAAAGGGGUGUCUUAUUUUAAGCGAUGAGUUGAACCACAGCUCUCUCGUUCUUGGCGCAAGGCUUUCGGGUGCUACGAUCAAAAUCUUUAAGCACAACAAUGUUCAGAGUUUAGAAAAGUUGCUGAGGGAAGCGGUGAUACACGGACAGCCCCGGACGCGGAGAGCCUGGAAAAAAAUCCUCAUUCUAGUGGAGGGCAUUUACAGCAUGGAAGGCUCCAUAGUACACUUGCCCGAGAUAGUGGCCCUGAAGAGGAAAUACAAAGCCUACCUCUACUUGGACGAAGCCCACAGCAUCGGGGCCGUUGGCCCCACAGGCCGGGGGGUCGUGGAGUACUUUGGAAUGGACCCCGAUGAUGUCGACGUCCUGAUGGGAACGUUCACCAAAAGCUUUGGAGCGUCUGGAGGCUACGUCGCUGGCAGGAAGGAACUAGUGGACUACAUACGGACGCACUCCCAUAGCGCCACAUAUGCCACGGCGAUAUGUCCACCCGUAGCAGAGCAGAUCAUAAGAGCGAUGAAAUCGGUCAUGGGACUAGACGGCACCACUCAAGGUAGGACAUCUCGCGGGCUGUCGAG